AUGGUGAAUAUUGGAAGCAAAUAUUUUGCAGCUAUUGUUCUGCUGCUAGUAGAUGUGCAUGGAACCUGGGUACGAAAUUCCUGGGUGCCAACCUGCCUAUGGCAACCUAGAAUUCUCCAGGGCAGGCUCGCAAAAUCUUCACCUACUCUCUGGGACAGUACUUUGCAAGAACAGAAGGGGGAAUUACGAAAGCGUCUAUCGUACACUACCCAUAAGCUGGAAAUGCUUGAAACGGAAUUUGAUUCUACACGUCAGUAUCUUGAAAUAGAAUUGAGACGUGCUCAGGAGGAACUUGAAAAAAGCACAGUCGUCAUAAUUCCUACAUCAUGCUUAUCAGAGCAUCCCACUUUCAUUAAAACAAAGGGGCAAAAUACAGUCUCUCUAAAAAGACAGAUACAAAACAAUUACCUAGCCUUACAAAGAAUUAAUCAGGAUCUGGAAGAUAAACUUUACAGAAUGGGUCAACAUUACGAAGAGGAAAAACGGGCUUUGAGCCAUGAAAUAAUUGCACUCAAUAAUCACUUAAUAGAGGCCAAGGUGACGAUAGAUAAGUUGUCAGAAGACAAUGAGCUCUAUAGGAAGGACUGCAAUUUAGCUGCUCAAUUGCUCCAGUGCAGCAAGAAUUAUGACAGGGCACAUAAACUUUCUGAGAAAUGCACAGAGAUUGUGGCCAUCACAUUAGUCAAAGAGCCGUAUAUGUUGCCAUCUGACUUUCAGGAAAGAGUCAGCAUCCAUCUGGAAAAACAUGGGUGCAGCCUUUCUGUCCCCUUGUGCCACACAUCUUACGCGGACACCAUACCCACUUGCGUCAUUGCCAAAGUACUGGAAAAACCAGACCCAAACAGCUUGUCUUCACACUUGUCAAGCCCCUCUGCAAGGGAAUUUCAGGACUCUGCUGGAAAACUUGGGCAAAGGCCCCAGUACAAGUCAGACAUCUAUUGCAGUGACACUGCCCUUUACUGCCCUGAGGAGAGGAGGAGGGAGAGGAGGCAGAGUGUGGACACGCAAGUGAAAGACGUGGGGUUCCUGCGGUCCCAAAACUCCACGGACAGUACUGUCGAAGAAGAUGGUUUCCAUUCCAGCUUCUCUCACGAAGCCUUCCCAGAGUAUAUUACCUCUUUGCCAACCUCCAGCUCCUAUUCCAGCUUCAGUGUCACAUCUGAGGAGAAGGAGAACGCCCAAGCCAACACAAUGACAGCCUCUCAGCAAGCAAUCUACAUGAGCAACCGAGACGAACUCUUUGAAAGAAAGUCACCUGCAGGUUACGAGCAUCAGGGAAGCCCCAGGUUUGCCAAGUCCAAGCCUGCACAGCACAUGGAGCUUGCUGACGACAACGAGAACUCGCCCACUUUCACUAGGACUCUGCCUCCUUAUGCAAACGAACCCUUUCAUUUCUCAGCCAUGACACCACAGCAGGCUUUAGCGAAUCAGAAAAUGAGCACCCACCUUUCAGAAGAAGACUUGCCUGGGCGAUGGAGGCAAUUGAGCGUGGAGGACAUUGGUGCAUACUCUUACAGGAACACUGGCAGGCUAUCGCCCUGCAGUUUUUCAGAGCAGUACUACAGCAGCCCAAUUAAAAAGGGAGACAGUCGAACAAGCCCCAUCUAUGCCAGCUACAAAGCAGAUAGCUGCUCAGAGGGAGAUGAUAUCUGCCAAAGCAGACUUGUGGAUUCUUGCUUCCUGAGAACAGACAGUGGCCUGAACAUUGACAUCAGCACUAGCUGUAAGCAGGACAAGUUGCCCACCUACAAAACAAAAGAAUCAAGAGACCAAAAAAAUGAAAGGAUCACCGUCCAGUUAUGCAGUAGCAAAAACAUUGAAAAUAGCCCAGUGUUGAAAAGAGAAUACGUGGACGUGAGCCCCAACAGCUCGGCAGAGUCCCUCAAUCAGAGUUCGAUGGAGGCUUCAGAAAUCCACCAGUCUUCCAUGGAGCAAGGAAGCCAUUCGGGUAUUCACAGCAAACAGCAGCAGUUUCAACGGACUGGAAGUACUGGCUUGAGUCGGAAGGACAGCCUUACAAAAGCACAACUAUAUGGAACACUUCUGAACUAG